AUGGCAGCUCUGCAGGAAAAGAAGACCUGUGGCCAACGGAUGGAGGAGUUUCAGCGCUACUGCUGGAACCCGGACACCGGGCAGAUGCUGGGCCGGACCCUGUCCCGCUGGGUGUGGAUCAGCCUAUACUACGUGGCCUUCUACGUGGUGAUGACUGGGCUCUUUGCCUUGUGCAUCUUCGUGCUCAUGUCUACCAUCGACCCCUACACACCGGACUACCAAGACCAGCUCAAGUCACCAGGGGUAACCUUGAGGCCAGAUGUUUAUGGGGAGAAAGGUCUGGAGAUUUCCUACAAUGUCUCUGAUAACAGGACAUGGGCAGACCUUACACACACUCUCCACGCUUUCCUGGCAGGUUACUCUCCAGCAGCCCAGGAGGACAGUAUCAACUGCACAUCUGAGCACUACUUCUUCCAGGAGGGCUUUGCGGCCCCCAACCACACCAAGUUCUCCUGCAAGUUCACAGCAGACAUGCUGCAGAACUGCUCAGGCCUAGUGGACCCUCACUUCGGCUUUGAAGAAGGAAAGCCAUGCUUUAUUAUUAAGAUGAACAGGAUUGUCAAGUUCCUUCCCAGCAAUGGGUCGGCCCCCAGAGUGGACUGCGCCUUCCUGGACACACACUUGCAGGACGCCCGGCCAUUGCAGGUGGAGUACUUCCCACACAACGGCACCUUCAGCCUGCACUACUUCCCCUACUACGGCAGAAAGGCGCAGCCCCACUACACCAACCCUCUGGUCGCUGUGAAACUUCUCAACAUCCCCCCAAACAUGGAGGUCACCAUCGUCUGCAAGAUUAUUGCAGAGCACGUGACCUUCGACAACCCCCACGAUCCGUAUGAAGGGAAAGUAGAAUUCAAGCUAAAGAUUCAGAAGUGAGACUGUGAGGCCCAGCAGUGUGUGUGCAGGCCCAGGCCCCUCCAGCCAGUGUCUCGCCGAGUCAUCUCGAAGAUGUCCUGAACCGACAAGACUGUGCUCAGACUGCGACUCCAGGAAGCCCCGGGUGCCAAGAACUCACACCAGCUCCUCCUCGUCAAACCCUCACUGUGUCGGACAGAAUUUGUAACUAUGACAAAAUGCUGUGGGGACCCUGAGGCAGGAACUACCUGAUUAACAAGGCCACAGAACAAUUCCUCUUCUACGCAGACAGCACUUUCUGCUGUCCACGGCAGUGACACGCAGUGCUGACAGUGCAUGUGACGAAUUCUUGCUUCUGAAUAUGUAACUCCUAAGUUGUAAAA